GUACAAGUGAAAUAUGGCCGAAGGUGGAAUUGGUUUAUCUGCAGUUUUGUGUGAUCUCUGUGAAAACGAACCGGCACAGUCCUUCUGCCGUACUUGCAGUGGAAAUCUGUGUGAUAAGUGCACUACAGAACACAAAGGCAAGAAGAUUUUCUACCGUCAUGAUGUUGUCAAAAUGACGCUAACAAGACAAAUAGAAAAAGAUGGAUAUGGGUAUUGCAGCGAGCAUCCAGAGAGCAAAUAUGAGUUGUGUUGUCAAGAUUGUACCAUACCAGUGUGUACAAAAUGCAUAGCUGGAGUUCACAAUGGUCACAAAAUGACAGACAUUUCUAGUGCUUACAUUGAGGCUAAAGGCAAAAUAACAGCAAAAGUAGAAAGAAUGGAGACAUCUCACUAUGCAAAGCACAGGGAACAGCUAGAUGAUCUUGACAAUAUUUUAAGUGACAUUAACAAACGGACAAACGACGUUGAACAAGCUGUUAUAAGCCGAUCAAAAGAAAUUGCAGACUUUGUUCAUGAAAUUGAGAAAGAUGUUUUACAGAAAAUAUCUAAGGAGAAAGAACAUGCUAUCAAACUCAUCCUAUCUUAUAAAGAAGAAGUUACAGAACACCUCUCUUCUUUAAGAAAACUUCAGAAUAUGAUGUUACAAGAUAGAGACUCCAAAUGUAUGACAGACCUGAUUCUGUAUACCAGGAACAAUCUCGAAGUUUCCAGUGAUGAUAAAAAGUUUCUGAAAUUUGAUUUCAAACCUUCUGUGAUCGAUGUAACAAAGCAAUUUCCGGAUGAAUUAAGACAAUUUUUUGGCUUGCACCUUCCUUCUACUAUGGUAGUUCAGGGCAGAAAACAAAUCAUGAAGUCAGCAGGAGAAGUAGCAAGAUUUAAAUCUGCGAUACAGCAACCUAUGGGUUUAGCCUGUUCUAGAUUACAUGUUGACCUUGCUUGGAUUCGUGGUGACGAAGCAGAAAUUAAGAAAGUAGACAUACAAGGUAAUGAAAAGGCCACUGUCAAGACUGUCACAAAACUAGGGCGGCCCUCAGGUCUUAUCGAGUUAGACGACGGAAGCAUAUUUUUCAGUGAUUUACAUAGUAAAAUGGUGAAAAAAGUAUCCAAAGAUUUGCAAGAAGAAGCAGCCAUCAGUUUGGACUGGUAUCCGAUGGGACUGUGCAUCAGUCGAAGCGGUCACAUUCUCGUAUGCGUUGCUUUUCUACAAGGGAACACCAAAGACACUUCUGACCGUGGAAAGGUUUUGCGAAUGAGCUUCAAGGGAGUAACACUGCAGGAAAUAAUGAAAGACGAUGAAGAAAAACAUUUGUAUAGCAGACCUAUUUGUAUUUCCGAAAAUCUCAACCAAGACGUUUGCGUAUCAGAUGUUUACAAACAUUCUAUUGUCGUUGUUGAUAGAACUGGUCUCUUUCGAUUUGCCUAUAGUGGUGGGGGCUUUUAUAAGAAUAGAAAAAAAUUUGAACCUACCGAACUAGAUACUGACAGUCUAGGAAACAUUGCUGCUUCGGACUCCAUGAACAAUCUAGUUCAUUUACUGGACAUUGAUGGUAAUCUUAUAAAAUAUGUGCUUACAGCAAGGGAGGGUAUUUCUGCCCCAAGGGGUUUAAAAGUUGACAAAGAAGACAGAGUUUGGAUAACAGAGGAAGUGACUGGUUAUGUAAAAAUAUUCAUAUAUUUGGAGUAGAAUGAAUGCUUUGUAAAUAGGAAUUGCGACAUCGACUUGUUUUGUUUGUCACAUCUAGUGAGCUAGGAAUAAAUUAAC